AGCAUUGUUCUGGGAGAAGUUAAAAUUAUACUUAUGUAAACUAUUGUGAUAUGUAUCUUAUUUGAAUGUUUACAGGAUACAGAGAUUUUAGAAAAGUUGAUACAAGAUGACAUAGCAGCCGCCAAAACUCCAGUCGCUCUUAUUGCAUAUGCAGGUACACCAAAUGCAGGUCAUGUAGAUGAUUUAGAAAAGAUUAAAGAAUUAUGCAAGAAAAAUAACAUUUGGAUGCAUGUGGAUGGGGAUAACCUUGCCACUUUGUCAUUGAUACGUCCACCUGGUAACAUACAGAAUGCAAGAUUUGGUGACAGUUUCACUAUCUGUAUGGGUAAAUGGCUAGGAAUUCCUGCAAUGCCGUACUCUACACUUUUCAAAGUGGCGGAUCCCGCCCUUGUACAUGCUGCGUCACUGAUGACCUUUAACCCCUACCUGAAACUGACUUGUCUCCCUUUGUGGGUAGUGUUACAAAGUCUUGGUAUUGAAAAUAUAGAGCAAAGAAUCACUCAUUCAUGUGAUCUUGCUGACUUCCUUUUCAAUGAGCUGUCAAAGAUUAAAACAAUCAAACAGUUUAGCCGAGAAGAGAAAAAGAAAGAUGAAAGAGCUGUUAGAUCUAUUUCAGACCUCAUCUCAAAGGCAAUCUCUGCCCUGCUUGUGUUUGAAAUGGUUACCCCAACGGUAGUAUUUAGGUAUACAGAAGACACAAGAGAUUCCAAAAAUGUGGCUGUUGCUCCAUAUGCUGUCGGUACAACAAUGGAUGUUGAAGAUGAUGAUGAUGAGGAAGUUAUAAAGAAGAAGACAUACUACAACUCUCUCAAUAUAUGGUUGGGAGAGACACUGCAGACAGAGAACCCAUAUGUAGAGAUUACAAUGGUAGAACUAGAGAGGGAAGGUGUAUGUAUGAAGUUUGCACCGUUAGAAUCUGCUCAAU